AUGGACAGAAAUAUGUCUCAUCACCAAUCAUCUUUCUCCGGACCAAGAAACCGUCCACAGAGAAGGGUCAGUGUUUCAACAUUGUCUGAAGGUAAAUCAAAAACAGAUUCUUUUUGGGGGGUAUCUGGCCAAUGCAAACUCCAAUUUGAGAAGCGGGCUGAUAGCUGCAAACUACCAAGCGUCGCCGCACCUCGACAAGGAAUAGUCGCUCUUCCUCUUAAUCACGCGAGUGAUGAAACAACGCGAAACUGCGAGGAUACCAAACACCCGAUGUUAGAUAUUACUGACCCACCAAAAUUAUUACGUAGACAAGAAAGUCUUCUUAAUGCUAACCCUGGCCAUGAAGCUAAACUGCCUUUAAACCCUGAUCCGUUUGCUUGGAAUGUUAUGGGUGAGGAGAUAUCGCGGAACUGUGCGAAUAACAAACACUUGAAUUUAGAUAACACUGGUCCAACAGAAGUACUUCGUACACGACAUAGUCUCCCUAACAUCCCCAGACUCAACGCAAAAAUUUUCGGAAGGUUCGAAAAUCACCAGCACCAGGAAUAUGGAGAACACGCAUCUAUCGCAAAGUGGCGCACGAACUCGAAAGCGCUUCAAAAGUUUGUAGAAAAUGCAGAGAGAAGUUAUGACAGAAACAAAGAGAAGGCUAUUCUUCUGCACAACUGGAUGCUCCAACAGGGGUCAUCAAAAGAAUGA